UGGGUUCUGUCUGUCUGAUCUGAUGUGGGCCUAAAUGGCCAAAUGGGUGCGCUUAUUAGAUGGAGUGGCUCAGAAGAGAGUGAUUAUAUAUGAGCAUCGAAAUGAUUUCGCAUAAUAAUUAAGGUACCAGCAGUUAGUGUGAUAUCCUGUGUCAGCAACGCAUAAUGCCUGUGCUCUUCCUAGAAAUCAAAUGCUUUUAGUGUGAUGGGAAGUUGCUAUCCAGAUAUAGCCUUUUUUUUCUGCUGCGAGGUCUUUUGCAGGUUUUAUCUGAAAUUCUAAGAAAAGAAAAUUCUGGCAGCUUGCCAUCUUCUGUUCCUUGAAGCAACUCCGAAUGUUUUGGCUAGUGGAUACAUUGUACUCGGUAUUGUAAAGGCUGGCUUUGCUUUGUAAUUGUUUUUCUUGCACGUAAUUUUAACCCAUUCUGCAGAUUCGUGUGGACUUUAGUUAUACAUAUAUGCUUAACUGUCUUUAACGAUACCCUGUCGCGGCCUUGUCGGAUUUCACUUGGAUGAGGUCAUUGAAUGAGAUUGGUGCCAAUUCAGGACUUAUUGAGGACAGCGUAAAAGUUGGUCAAAUCUGGAAGAAAAACACCCGAAACAUUAUCAUCAUGACCACAAAUGCGACGUCCAGGUGGAGCAUUGUGAAGGAAGAAUUUAUACUUCCUGCUUCAAGUGCCCUUUUCAAAAGUUGCCAUGCUUCAACUAUUGUACAGAUUGAGGAAGACAAUUUUUUGGUAGCAUAUUUUGGUGGAUCCAGGGAAGGCGCUCCAGAUGUCAAAAUCUGGUUGCAGAGAUAUAGUGAUGGUUGCUGGCAUCCUCCAGUGGUAGCUGAUGAACAGGAUGGGGUGCCCAUGUGGAAUCCUGUUUUGUUUCUGCUUCCCUCCGGUGAGCUGCUUCUCUUCUACAAGAUUGGUCAAGAAGUCCAGAAGUGGAGUGGUGCCAUGAAAAGAUCGUUGGAUGGUGGUAUAACCUGGUCACAGAGAGAGCAGCUACCACCUGGUAUCCUUGGUCCUAUUAAGAACAAGCCUUUCUUGCUUGAAGAUGGCCGCCUACUAUGUGGAUCAUCUGUUGAAAGCUGGAACUCUUGGGGUGCAUGGCUCGAGGUUACAAAAGAUGCUGGUCGGACAUGGACAAAGUAUGGCCCUAUAUGUCUAGAAGGUGAACCACUUGGGGUGAUUCAGCCAGUUCCCUACCAGACUGCCAAUGGGACUAUUCGAGUGUUGCUGCGAUCAUUUGAAACAAUUGGCCGUGUCUGUAUAGCCGAUUCCGUUGAUGAAGGUGUGACAUGGAGUUAUGUUCGUGAGACUGAGCUUCCAAACCCAAAUUCUGGUAUUGAUGGAGUUAAAAUGAAGGAUGGAAGAGUGCUGCUUGCCUACAACACCUUAUCCAGAGGAACGCUCAAAAUUGCAAUCUCCUCAAACGAUGGUGAUUCAUGGGAUGAAGUAAUGACAUUGGAGGAUACCCACGGUAUGGAAUUUUCAUAUCCUGCAGUGAUCCAAACUAUGGAUGAGCUCAUCCAUGUUACAUACACAUACAACCGGACACAGAUGAAGCGUGUUGUUCUUCAACCAAGUGCAAUGGUAAAAUUGUGAUUCUGCGACUUCUGGAGUGGAGAAUUGUGGCUGGCAACUUUAAGGCACUUAAAUUUAUUUCCACAUGUUUAGUGUGACCAUUGCUUCAUAUUUCCUAGAUUAUGUUCUUCUACUUCUCUGUUCAGUUGAUAUCAAAUAAAUUCUUGGCUUCAUUUCAACAAAGAUACUUUAUAAAUGAAAAGUUGUACGUGUGCCCACAGUUUAGCAUAAGGUAUUCCUUAUUUGGCAGUUAUACACC